CCCGACCUUAAAAAUUUACCACAUAAAUUUGAUGGCCGCUAACAAAGCCAUUUUAGCCGGAGCCAUUGCGUCAUUAUGACCAUCAAGAUCCACCGCCUUACCCUCUCUUUCUUCUCUCUCAACUUUCCUCUAUAAAGAACCCCAACCAACAAUUUCAUUGCAGAAAAAAACCCAAGAAAAUAAAAACUUCUCCUUAUCUUCUCUCUGCGUUUCGCUCCCCUUCCCUCUCUUAGUAACAGUCGUAAGUGUUAAGGUCCAACAAAACGAAAAAACAAAAAUAAAAAAUUGUUUUGAUUUUAGGCCUCUCACGGUUGUUGCACGAGAAAAUCUGAUCGUUUAUCUUUUAAUGGGAUUUCUCCAUAAGCUUUGGGACGAAACGCUUGCUGGACCCAUGCCGGACACUGGGCUUGGCAAACUUCGAAAGUAUAAUUCAUUCCCUGUACGAUCAUCACCUCCUGUUAAUGCUUCUUCAGCUAAUAGCAAUGGGGAGAUGAACGUAACUCGAAGCAUUACUAUUAUUAGAACAAACAGUUCCAAUCUGAGGAACCUUUCUGUGGAUCCUGGUUCAGCUCCUCAGUCGCCGGCUCCACCUAGCACUCCUGGGACACCUCUAACACCUGGGACACCGCGCGGGGAUUUCAGAAGAAUGACAAGCAGAAAUUCGUCAGUUGAAGCAUCAGAAAGCGCCGAGCCUCCAAGUCUGACCGUUCAUGAUUGGAUAGUGAAAAAUGAUUUGGAUCGUUGACAGAGGAAGUGGCCAUUUUGCUCGAGAUCUGUCGGCAACAAUAAACCUUUCUGUGUGUAUAUGUGCGUGUGCGUGUAUAUGACCUAAUCUGGUAAUUAUCAUUAAUAAGACGGUUAUUAAUUCUCAUAGAAGGAGCCGCCACUGCUUCUUGGAGUUUCCUGGAGAGGAGAUGAGUCGGAAAACAGGAUAUCUGAUGAUUUUGCUCAUGUCGAAAUUUUUUGUUUGUUUUUAAUGUAAAUGUCGUCUUUUUCUUCCUUUGGUUUUGUCCUGGUAUGGAUGAAGGUUGUAUAUUGCCCUCUCAUGAUCAAUGACUGAGACUCACUGAAGCACUGAAAAAUAAUUUUAGAAUAAA